AUGACCGCUUACCUAAUCGCAUCAACUUCCCCGGAUUCUUCAACGGACGACCCUCUUUCCCUUCCCCACCCCGCCAACAUGUUGCGCCUCGGGGGCCUCACACUCUGGUGUGUAGCCAACUUCCUCCUCGGACUAACAACGGCGCAAAAUGAUCCCAAACCAGUCUCAAAUGAACUAUUCAACUCCCUCGAGGAGUUAUCCCGGCUGGUAGACAUAUCCUACUGCGUGGGAACGACGGGAGUCCAGAAACCAUUCCAGUGUCUGAGUCACUGCGCGGAGUUUCCAAACUUGGAAUUAAUAGAGACAUGGAACACGGGUAUCCUCCUCUCCGACUCAUGCGGCUACAUCGCACUCUCGCACGCACCAGGCCCAAAGCGCAUCGUCAUCGCUUUCCGGGGUACAUACUCGAUUACAAACACGAUAAUAGAUCUCUCCGCCUACCCACAAUCUUACAUCCCCUACACGGGCGACGACAACGACAACGACAACCAAACAAGCACCGCCCCACUAACCCUCCACUGCGAAAACUGCACCGUCCACGCCGGCUUCAUGAAAUCCUGGCUAAACACCCGUCUAACAAUCCUCCCCACAGUACUAUCAGCUCUGCAAACAUAUCCAGACUACGAAGUAACACUGGUCGGCCACUCCCUCGGCGGCGCAGUCGCGACACUCGCCGGUUUGGAAAUGCGUUUGAAAGGCUGGGACCCGCUAGUAACCACCUUCGGUGCACCUAUGGUUGGGAAUACCCCCUUUGUGGGAUUCCUGGAUGAAGUGUUCCAAAUUGGGAAUUCUAGUCAAGACGGGAUUGACGAUCCUGAGAUCGCGCGUAUUCGUCGCGUUACGCAUGUUGAUGAUCCCGUGCCGUUGUUGCCGCUGCGGGAGUGGGGGUAUGCGCCGCAUGCCGGGGAAGUGUUUAUUUCCAAGGCUGCGUUGCCACCGGUGAGGGAGGAUGUGUGGGCGUGUACCGGCGAUGAGGAUGGGAAGUGUAUUGCCGGCGCUGAAGCGUCUGCGGCUUCAUUGUUUGAUGUCUUCAGGGAUAUGGACGUUUCCUUGGAUAUCCUCGAUACACCGGUUGAUCCGUGUGUAGUUGAUGGGGAAAAUUUGGAGAAUGGUGGCCAGCAGCAGGUGCUGGGUAAGAGGAGAGGUGUCGGUGCAAAGUGUGCAUCCAAUGCGCAGGAUGAGACGGCUCCCUUAUAUCCUCGGCACUGGAACUGGUCGCUUAUUCCGGCGAGGUAUAGAUUGUGGGAGCUUUUCUAUGCGCAUCGGGAUUAUUUCUGGCGGAUUGGGUUGUGUCUACCCGGGGGUGAUCUGUUCGGAUAG